AUGGAGUACCCAAGUUCUCUUGACCGUGUCCUCCGCACCACAACCAUUGUCACCUUUCUCCUUGCAUUUGCUCUUCUGAUUCCCUAUGGCGUUACAACAGCUGCAGUACUUCCCGCCAUUGGCCUGGUACCUGCGUUCAUUUCUGCCAUUUUGAGCCCGCUAGCCUUGAACACAAGCCCUCGAUGGUCUUGGUUCAUCCUGUGCAUGGAUACGUUUAAUGCCGUUUUCCUGUUCAGCAUCUUGAUGCCAUUCUUCAUCAUCACGGCAAGCAGCAUGGGCUGGCUAAGCAACGGAACCAUCAUGUUGGGAACCUACGGUAGCGUGCCACUGAUGAUUGAUCUUUGCAUCCACGCUUUCUUCGUCCUUCGCCGAGUUUUCCAAGCGUGCAGAGGCUUCUCGUUCGCACGCACUUGUCCGAACUGUCACACACACAUCGGUCCUAGGAUUGCUCCCCAUAAGAUUCACGUCUCGGCUGAGAAGCCUCGCAAUUCUUCUGAGGAAGAGGCCCUAUAUCAACCACUUGACGCCCCUAAGUAUGAUGACGAGGGAAGAAUUUCAUCAGAGGCUGGUACCCUAUACAGACCCAGCGUGGACACUUUGGGAUCUACAGAGACGGUGGUAAAGCUGAUCUGA